AUGCACCGCCUCCCCCACACGCAACGGGGCAUCAAGUCGCGCCACGCGCAGAUGCUGGCCAUCGGGGGCACGAUCGGCACCGGACUCUUCGUCGGGGUCGGGUCUGCGCUUUCCAUCGCGGGCCCCGCCUUCCUCCUCCUCUCGUACGCCCUAAUCUGCCUCCUCGUCUACGCCGUCAUCACCGCCACCACCGAGAUGAACACCUACCUGCCCGUCCACGGCUGCUCGAUGGCCGCCUACGCCACGCGCUUCGUCUCCCCAUCCCUCGGCCUCUCUUUGGGGCUGCUAUACUGGUACAGCUUCGGCAUCCUAGUGGCGUACGAAACCACCGCCGCCGCUCUGGUCAUCAACUACUGGAGCAACCCCGUCCCACUCGCCGUCUGGAUAACCCUCAUGCUCCUCGUCGUAUUCGCAUUGAACUUCAGCCCCGUGCGCAUCUACGGCGAGACGGAAUUCUGGUUCGCCUCGCUGAAAGUCUUCCUGAUCCUCGGCCUGUUGAUCCUGAGCUUCAUCCUCUUCUGGGGCGGCGGACCCAGCCACACCCGACUGGGCUUCCACUACUGGAACCACCCGGGGGCCACCAACACGUAUUUAGUAUCUGGCGCAACCGGCCGCUUCUGCGCCUUCGUCUACACGCUCUGCUACUCGGUCUUCUCCUUCACCUUCGGCCCCGAGCUGUUGGUGGUCGCCGCCGGCGAAAUGCAGAACCCACGCACGAACCUGCCCCGCGCGGCGCGCCAAUUCUUCUACCGGUUACUGGUCUUCUACGUGCUCGGCGUGCUGGCCAUCGGGGUGAUCUGCCCCAGCAACGCGUCCGGCCUGACCACGGGGACGGGCGUCAACGCCUCGCCGUGGGUGAUCGCCAUCAAGCACGCGGGGAUCUCCGGCCUGGACAGCGUCGUCAACGCCGUGAUCAUCACGUCGGCCUGGUCCGCCGCGAACUCGUACCUGUACAUGUCCAGCCGCACGCUCUACUCCCUCGCCGCGGCCGGCGCCGCCCCGCCACUCUUCAAAAGGUGCACCCGCCACGGCGUGCCCUACUACGCCGUCCUGGCCAGCGCCAGCUUCGGCGCCCUCGCCUACAUGGACUGCAGCGCCGGCGCCAGCACCGUGUUCACCUGGUUCGUCAGCCUGACUAACUCCGCCGGCAUGAUCAGCUGGACGGCCUGCGCGGUCGUCUACCUCCGGUUUCGUCGGGCGUGUGCCGUGCAGCGUGUUGCCGUGCCGUAUCGCUCGUGCUGGCAGCCGUAUGGGGCCUGGGCUGCUAUGGUGGUGUGUCCGGCGAUUCUGCUGGGGCAGGGGUUUCAGUAUUUUGUGGCGGGGAAUUGGAGUGUGAGUGGGUUUUUGACGAGUUAUAUCGGGGCGUUUGUGUUUUUGGGGGUGUAUGCGGUGAGAUGGGGGUUGGGGGCGUGGAGGUGGGGCGAGGGCUGGUGGUUGAGUGUCCACGAGGUGGAUUUGAGGAGUGGGCUGGAGGAGGUCGAGGCGUUGGAGUUGGUGGUUGAGUGUGAGGGUGAGGAUGGUGGGGGGAGGAAGGGGAGGUGGUGGGAGAGGGUGUGGGGAUAG